CCGGUGACGUCACAGUGACAGCCUAGUCAAAACAACCCAAACAUCAUGCUAGCUUGUCGCCAGCCCGAAUAAAAUGUCGCACUUUUAACAAUCUCCGACGAAAACGUCACACCUUAUUCAUCCUGAUGCCGUGAGUGUGCAGGACUGGGAGUUUGGCAGCGUUUUAAUUGCGAUAAAGGAUAAAAAUACUCGCAUAAGCAUCAGUGUCGCUACCGGUUUGCUAACGACAGGCGUCAGUCCAGCAAUCAGACCCGUGUAACCGGUUUUGGCCCAGGCAGAUAUUUGGAUCCCCGGGAGAGGCCGGUGUUCGCUGAAGAAACGGGGAACAGGAUUGGUAAGCAGGGGGGAGAGGCCACCAUAGAGCCAGUGGAGAAGAUGGCGAGCAGCCCGGAGAAAAGCUCCUCCGCACAGGAGCUCAAGGAGCAGGGGAACCGAUUGUUCCUCAGCCGGAAAUACCAGGAGGCCGCCACCUGCUACAGUAAAGCCAUUAAUCGAAAUCCAUCAGUGGCCGUGUACUACACUAACCGAGCGCUGUGCUACGUGAAGCUACAACAGCAUGAUAAAGCAUUGGCUGACUGUAAACACGCCCUUGAACUUGACAGCCAAUCAGUGAAGGCGCACUUUUUUCUGGGCCAGUGUCAAUUAGAACUGGAGAAUUAUGAAGAGGCUAUUGGCAAUCUACAGAGAGCAUAUAACCUGGCCAAGGAACAGCGAUUGAAUUUUGGAGAUGAUAUCCCAAGUGCCCUUCGCAUUGCUAAGAAGAAACGCUGGAACAGCAUCGAAGAAAAGCGAAUCAACCAAGAGAACGAACUCCACGCGUAUCUCACUAAACUCAUACUGGCAGAGAAAGAGAGAGAGACAGAUGAAUGCCAAGUAAAACAGACAGAAGACAGUCAGAACGGAUGUGAAAUUAGCAAGAACAAAUCCAAACAUGAUAAAUAUUUGAUGGACAUGGAUGAACUCUUCUCUCAAGUAGAUGAAAAGAGAAAGAAGCGAGAGAUUCCAGAUUACUUGUGUGGGAAGAUCAGCUUUGAACUCAUGAGAGAGCCCUGCAUUACACCCAGCGGCAUAACAUACGACCGCAAGGACAUAGAGGAACAUCUACAGCGUGUUGGUCAUUUUGACCCAGUAACCCGCAGCCCACUGACCCAAGAUCAGCUGAUCCCCAAUCUGGCCAUGAAGGAGGUGAUCGACGCUUUCAUCCAGGAGAACGGUUGGGUGGAGGACUACUAAACACACAUCGUGUACACAUACGAGUGGACAGCAGAGAUGUCUGACACACAGAUUAUUUUCAUGCACUUUAAUCAGUGGAGCUUUGUUGUGGAAGAUCUCACCGACAGGACCGUCAGCACCCUCAGGUCUACUCGUACCCUCCGUCUCCAACCCUUUGACUCAAGAUUACAAACACACAAGCGCUUUCCUCUCUUUAACAGACUUCAUGGGAUUUUACUGAGGAUCAGAUUUGGUUUUGCUCUCGAUCUGAACAUCGGAUAAUGUUUGCAGCGCUGCGGUCAUGAUAAUAGUUGAACAGUUGAGUAAUCCUGCUGUUCAGUGGUGUAAUUUCAUUAUUGAAAGACAUCACUAAUAAUCAUUAAGAAAAGAGAAGACGUUACACAGGCUGAUGUGUUUGUGUGUUGUUUAGAUGUCACAAUAGAGGUCUAGAUGCAGAAUGAAUGAGAUAUAUGCAAGUCACGUCGAUUGUUUCUAAUAUAAGAUUUCUUAUAUGAGUUGGAUGUUGAUUAUAGAGGUUUGUAAUCAGCGUAUAAUCCACGUAUAUUUAGACAUUCAUCUAUGGCUGCCAAUCAUUCGAAAUGAACUGAGAAUCUCUCACAUUCACGCUUACAUCAUCAUCAUCAUCGUAUGUGUCGUCUCACUUUGUGUGCGUGUGUAUUUGCGAGAGGGGUAAGUGAUUAUUUCUGACUUUAUUUUUUGUUUUGAAUGUUCUUUAUCUGUCACACGUGCAAACACACAUUUCUUGUUUAGUAGCAGUAUUUUUUAGUUUGUUAGUAGUAACCGAAUAUUACGGUUCCUAUACUGUCCAUCAGAUUCAGUUCAAAUACUGAAUCAUAACAAGUUUAGUUUGAAUGCAUGUUAAUAAAUGUGUUGUUUCUUUUGUAAAACGUUUCUUUGAGUUAUUAGUGGUGAUACAGAAUUAUAGUUAUGACACCAAAA